AUGGCUAGUCUCUACCUUGUUCGUGGCAUCCUCAUGCUAACUCUGGUCCUCCUCAAUAUUCAUAUCCUCAAAUCUAAUUGUGAGUCCAUCACUAGGGAUUCUGAGAAGGCAGCGCUUCUAAAGCUUGAGCAAGACUGGGGCAAGCCUGCGGCUCUGAACUGGAGUUCCAUCACAAACACCGAUCAUUGUGAUUGGUCAGGCGUCAUUUGCACAGAUGGCUUUGUAACAGGUUUAUCACUUGCUGGCCGUGACCUCUACAAGCCAAUUCCAAAAGCAAUUUGCUCGUUCAAGAAUCUAUUUUACAUCGAUCUAUCCAAGAACCAAAUAUCAGGCAGGAUGCAUCCACAGUUUGGGAAUCUGAGCAACAUAAAAUAUUUGUGGAUGAACAACAUGAAUAUAGUUGGUGAAAUUCCAGACACCAUGUCUCAGCUGAGUCAACUUAGGCUACUCGACUUGUCUUCUAACAGAUUGAAUGGGAUGAUUCCUAGUAGGGUUUGGAGGUUGAGAAGUCUGGAAAUGCUCUAUCUAGUCAACAACUCUCUGUGUGGUCAUAUAAGUGGACCAAUUGAAGCAAUGAGUUUGACCGAGAUCAAUGUUUCAAACAACCUACUCACAGGAAGGAUACCAGAGGAUUUUGGGUUACUACCUUCAAGGAUCUGGUACAUGCAGUACCUAAAGAAGCUUGACCUUAGGAAAAACAAUCUCUCUGGUGAGAUCCCAAACAUCCCACUAGACACCGUGGAUUUAAGUAUGGCAAUUGAUACCAUAGAUCUCUCAGAGAACCACCUCUCUGGCCCAAUACCAGCAAGCCUUAUAUAUCUGAGACCUACCCUCCUCAAUCUCUCUAAUAACCAACUGACAGGCCAUAUUCCACCUGUUUUUCAGAUAAACGAAUUUGAGCAGAGCUUUCUAUCCAAUCCUGGUCUCUGCUCCUACAACUUUGGCAACUAUCCUAUGUGUAGCACACAACCAGGUCCAGAAGAACAAGACAAACAUUUGAAAAGGCCCAUAAUCAUUUUCCUAAUCCUUGGUUCAACAAUGCUCGUAUUCACAGGGAUUUUUUGUUUCAUUAAGAUUAGGUCUAGGAAAAAGCAUGAGGCUCCAUCUCCACAGUGGAAGCUAACAACCUUCCAACCCAUUAGUUAUAAUGUUGAAGACAUUCUUUGUGGUCUUACAAACAAUAACCUUGUGGGUAGAGGUGGCUCGGGAAAGGUAUACAAGAUAUGCCUCGGUAACAACUGCAAGAUAGCUGUCAAGAAAAUAGGUAAUGGCCUAAAGAAGGAUGGUAUGCUGGAAAAACAGUUUCAAGCUGAAAUUGGGACUCUUGGAUCUAUCAGGCAUGCUAACAUUGUCAAGCUGCUUGGCUUCAUAUCAACCUCCGAGUCGAAGCUCCUGAUCUAUGAAUACAUGGAACAUGGUAGCCUAUAUGAUUGGUUGCAUCAGAGAGAUCUGACAACUGAACAGUUAAAUUGGCCAAUGAGGAUGUCAAUAGCAAUCGAUGCAGCUAAAGGACUGAGCUACAUGCACCAUGAUUUAUGUCCACCUAUAGCACAUCGAGAUGUCAAGUCCAGCAAUAUCCUGUUGGAUCUUGAGUUCAAAGCAAAAAUUGCAGACUUUGGUCUGGCACGUGCACUUGUUAAAGCUGGCGAGCCAGAGUCAAUCUCAGCAAUGGUCGGAUCCUUUGGAUAUAUGGCUCCAGGAGAUGAAUCCCACUAUUUGCUAGAGUUUGCAAGCAUAAGAAAGAUCAACUUGAAAGCUGAUGUCUACAGCUUCGGGGUGGUUCUCUUGGAGCUGACAACUGGAAGACGCGCAACUGGUGAGGAUGGUGGCCAUGAGAAUUUGGCACAAUGGGCCUGGCGGCAAUUCCAAGAAGACAACUUUCAGUUGAUGGAUGUAAUUGAUGAAAAUAUACGAGAUGCAUCCAACUUCCGUGAGGUUCAACUAGUAUUCAGCUAG